AUGAUAAGAGAAAAUUUGACUCAUAUUCCUGAGAAUACUAAUUGCUGUCUUACUUCAACUUACUGCUAUAACGAUGGAAAAUGUCGUAAAUCAAAGUCACCCCUAACUAAGACACGUGCUUCAUGUGAGUGUAAAGAGGGAUUUGUUGGUGAACGUUGUGAAAAGAAAGCAAAGUCUUGUCAAAGUUAUCGUGAUCUUUCUGAUGGCUGGUACAAAAUAUUUACAAAUGAUGACAACCAAGUGAAAGUUUACUGUCAGCUUGGACCAGUCAACAUUUGGACAUUGGUUAUGUCUUAUAGUUUAAAAUUCAACGAACACUACAAAAAUAAGGCAUAUUAUAAAAACUCUCCUCGAAAUGAAAUGAAUGAAACAUGGGAAGAUCACAGACUUUCUUUUAAUGCAAUGAAAAGUAUAAAAGAAGAUGGAAACAUGCUAUGGCGCAUUACGUGUUCAUAUGGUGAAAAAGGCUGGAAUGAAACAGAUAUUGUUAUUGCAACCCAUGAAAAUGCACCAGUUUUUAAAAAAAUUGUUGAACCUCCUGAGUGUUUAAAUGUCCGUUCUAUAGAUAUCAGAGGGUAUAAGUGUAAAGAUUGCCAAAUUCCUUUUUGGCAAGAUGACAAACAAAUUUUUCACACAGACAAUACCCAAGGUAAAGUUGAAUGCAAUCUGAAGGGUUUUGAAUUAUCUGUCUGUAAAGAUCAAGCUGAAGGAGGAGAAGAUAAUUUUGGAUUUUAUCAGUGUUGUAACACAAAACAUCGUUGUUCAUCGUCAGAUAAGGCCACAACACAAUUAUGGUUUGGUCAACGAAUGAAAUUUAAUUGA